AUGUGGAAAAGUCGAUAUAAAUCAAAAGAAAGAGAAGAAUACGCGUGCGUAAACUGUCAAGAAGUUUCCACGACCAUAUACAGAAAAUACUCGGAAGGAGUCAUCAGAUUGACAGAAUGUGAAAAAUGCGGGGAAGUGGUGGACAAGUACAUCGAGCAGGACGUUGUGUUGGUAGUAAUCGAUCUGAUGCUCCAAUAUGUUCAAGCUUAUCGUCAUCUCCUUCUAAACGUCAAAAUUCAACGGCCGGAGCGACUUUUUGUGAUUUUUUGGUUGAGCCACGCGGCAGAAGUGUGGAUUCGGGAUAAGAGUAGCAGUGAGACACAACAAGUCGCCGAUCAGGAGUGGAUGUUCUACCGUUGUCUCCUCCUCUCGGCCGCCGAAAUCUGCUCAUAUCUCUGCGUAAUUCUAUUGUAUUCGUUAUGGAAAAAUGAGAAGAAUGGGACGAAUUUUAAACAUUUGAUCGGAUCCACUUUGUUGGGAUAUUACGGAAACGUGGCAGUGGUGAUCUCGUUCAUCUUCUGUCUCUCGCAUCGUCUCUCCUAUCAAAUCGUAAUGCAAAUCUUCCUUCUGGUAUCCCAUGUCCAAGUGCAACGAGUUCUCUUCCCGACGGUCUCGAUGACGGACAAUAUCAUCGUAGUGCUGGUUUCCAAGAUGUGUUCGACAAUUACGGGCGGUCUACUCACUUCUGCAGUCCUUUAG